GCUUGCAUGUUAUUGAACCCUGAAGAAUGUUGAUUUUUCACUUUUUAAUGGGCUUGGAGUACACCCUGAAAAGAUAAAUGGACAACAGCGCCCUCAGUCGUGACAGUUCAAGAUGGCGGCGUGCACAAGCGGCGUCUGCGUCGAGGUUUUGCGCCUUACAACUGCUGUUGUCAGCUGCGGUUUCUUGUUAAUUGUUACGCUGCAAGUAGUCCAGAUAUCGGGCAGCGAUUCAGAUAGCGACGAAUGGGAAGCAUUCUUUCUGUGCCGUCAGUGUGGUCAUGAGGUUGCCAAGGCAACUGACUUUAUCAGACAAACAAGUACUUUAUCGCUGCAUCAGCGGAAUGAUACCAUUCUGGGAGUGGACAACGUUUUACUUCAACGCUUCAAAAACCCUCAAGGUAGAGAAUUUGAACUGAUCACAACCAGACAUGCUGAUGUUAAUAAAGCUGAACAGGCCUUUACUGAGCAUAGCUGGUUCCCUGCCUACUCCUGGCGGAUAGCAACAUGUCCACAUUGCAAGGCACACCUCGGCUGGUCCUUUGAACCUCAAGGUCACAAAGAUGGUAUUGAAGAUGAUGAAGAGAUAUUUUACGGCCUUAUUCUGGCCCACUUGAUUCACCAAGAGUAUGCUGACUCUCUGCUCAUGAUGCCCAAAAUGUACGGAAGGUGACUAAGUGGCAACCAAGGAAGCACAGAAGGUAAAAGUUGAUCAUACCUUUGAGAUAGAUUGUCUCCAAGAUACAUCACAGGCUCAGUGAGCAGGGGUAAUACAGAUGUAGUGCCUUGGGUACCAGUAUGACUGGUAAUGUAUUAUUGUCAGGGUUGGCCGAUUUCAAUCUGGAGUGUAAAUCAAUCAUUUUUAAAGGGCAGGAAAUGUUUCUAUUUUUUCAGUAACUGUUGAUUUGCUACUUUUUCCACAUUCUACAACUGGUUUGCUUAUUACAAAUGGUAAAACUCCUUCAUACUUCAACAGUAUUGAUGAGAUCUAUGGGCUCUCGUACGUCAGCAGGAAUUUUUGUUCAAUUUGUACCAUUUUCUUUGAAGGAAGUCAGCAUGUUAAAUUUCAGUGCAUGAUUCAGAUAAGUUACCGGGUAUAAUUAUGAUUUAAUUGAACUUGAUUGAAAGUGUUAACAUGGUGAAUUAUAUUAGUGUAGAUGUACAUGCACAUCUUUUCUCUUUUUUCAUUGGAAUUAGAAAUGUUGGUCAUUCGGCGGGGACAGUGACACAAUUCUGUGAACUCUAGUUUUGACAUAACCUAUUACCCAGUUUAAAACUUGCCUCCACUUUUAAUAAAAGCAAAAACUAAAAUCUGAUUAUAUUUUCAAAAAAUUGAAUUCAAUAGUUAAAACUCCAGGUAUUUUUUGUUGUUAAAAUUGAAGUUCUGUGUACUUCAAAUUUUUGUUUCUUCUGUGUAUCAUGUUUUGAUUUGGCUGCCUUGUUUGGAAUGUAAUUUAUGGUAAAGAUUCUUUGUCAACUGUUCAAAUUGGCAUAAAUCUUUGAACAAAUGGCACAAUUUGAAGGGAUUCUGUGUAUUUUGCUCCAGAAUAACUUCAAAGGGGUUAAUCUUGCAUUGUUACAUUUUCAGCUUAAAAUAACUUCCAGUGGGGAUAGUCUCGCUGUAUUCAUAUUUCCCCUCAAAUCUUGCAUUUGUAAUGCUUUUGGCCACAAAAUAACUUUCCCUCAAUUUACCACUUCAGUUUUCCUAAUUUGGACCCCGAAUGAUCUCAAAUUCAUUGUUUUUCACAAAACCUUACUGAAAACAAAGUUUUGAAAUGAUUAAAAGAUUGCGUCUUAAAAAAGGCAAUUCAAGGGGGCUUGGAGUGUAAGAAACAUUUAGUAGGGAACAAACACCAAAAUAAUUCAACUUGCACAAUCUUUGUGUUGCAAAACACUACAAAAAUAGCUUUGUUAAUUCUUACAAAAAAGGCUUUUACUCAUGCUGAACAAAAUAUUUAUAAUAAUGCUAGAAACAAUGGAAGAGCACUUAUUGCAGGGAGAAAUUUAAAGACAUGAUCUGUAUCAACACACUCCAGUUAAACAGCAAGUUAAUUACACAUACACAUGUACUUGUUCUGGUGUGCUACCAGACUCAACCUCUGUAUGCAUGAUUUCAUGCACAGAACAGGGACAACCUAUGUGGCUGGAGGUCGACAUGAAGAUAGAAGACUUCUGGAGAGACUAAACAAGUGCUUUAGAUAUUCAAUUUGACAGCUUGUUUGCAAGGCUAAGCCAGUUUAU